ACCUGUUUACUCUUAUAUUAUCAAUUUAACAUAAUAAAUAAUACUAAAAGAAUGAUGGAAGAAUUUUCUAGCUCAAAGCUUGGUACAGAAAGUUUGUUUGGCCACAGCAGAAUGAUGAAAGUUGUUGAUUGGUUAUUCAAUUGCAAGCAAAUAAACCCAUUUUCUUCAGUCAUUGAUAUUGGAUCUGGAAAUGGUGCAUUUCUUUUAGAGUUGGCUCAAAAAGGCUUCUCAAGUUUAUAUGGUAUUGAUUAUUCACAAAACGCUGUUGACUUAUCAAUAUCUAUUGCAUUAUCUCAAGGAAAAGUUAUUAGUUAUAAGCAAGCUGAUUUCUUAGAUCAAGAUUCCAUCAGGUUUUCUACAGCUGAUGAGUCAGAAGUUUCAAUGUUUGAUGUUUGUCAUGAUAAGGGUACAUAUGAUGCUAUUAGUUUACGUGAUGAUGCUGCAGAAGCUAGAAAAAAAUAUUUAAACACUUUAAGUAAAAUUAGCAAAUCCUUGUUUGUGAUAACCUCUUGCAAUUGGACCUUAGAAGAAUUAAAGACUCAUUUUAAAGAAUUCUUUGAAUUUGUUGCUCACAUUCCUGCACCUUCAUUUCAGUUUGGUGGGAAAUCUGGAUCAACUGUUUCAACUGCAAUAUUUUGUAAACUUUCUACUAGUUAAUAUGUUAUAUUGUGCAAACUUAAUUAUUUUUGUAUUAUACAACUUAUUGGUAUAUGAAAAAUAAAAAGAAAAAAAAAGAAAAGUAUCGGA